AUGUCUUUAUAUUCAAAUCCAACUCAAUCUGGUUCGGCUGCUAUUCCCAUUGUUGCACCGACUUCGGAAAAAGAAAUCUCUAAGAACGUUCCUUCCAAAUAUUCAACUCAGGAUUCCAAAGCGCGGACUUGUCGAAAUUUGAUUAUACAUGGUUAUUGUAAAUACGAGGGGAAAGGAUGCAAAUUCAAUCAUGAUAUUAACAAAUCGACGUCUCCUCCAAACAGUCCUGAAACAGCUAAAUCCAAGCUGAGUGUUAAUUCUCCUGUAUUCAAACCAUCUAAUACCCUUUCGACAAUCUCUCCAGAGGUUGUAAACGCCCCGCCAUUUAUUCCCCAAAACCACCAAUUGAGUGUUGCUGAUGAAACACCAAUCACUCCUCCGAGUGCACCAG